UUGAACACCCAAGAAAAAUCGAGAAAAAAAAAAAAAAAAAAAACAAGGGAAAUAAAUGAGUUAAACUCAAAAACUGAACGGUAAAACUUCUGUCUUUCUCUGCUGCUCUCUUCGGACAGGUCUCUUUUAGUCGCGGUGGGCUUUCGGCGACGCGAUGCUUCCGUUCCACCGUCACAGCUCCGCCGAAUCGCCUUGAUCACUUCUUCGGAUCGUUUCUCUACGAUUCCCUUCCAAAUAAAUCAAGCAAAGCAUCGCUACCAGUCGACCCUUUCCGUUCCUUCCACUCUCUCCGUCAUUUUCUCAAACAUCUUGGCCUCAAAUUUUGGAACCUUUUCGAAGUCAUUCACUGGUGCACCCAAAAAAACCAUGUUGCUGAGGUCAGUUUUGGAGUUUUCAUCGCGGCGUGCUGUUAGAAGAACCCCUAGGCAGUUUACAACUCAGCUACCCACAUUUCUUAGAAAGGAAUUAUCAACAAUACCCCAGAAAAAUGCAUCCCAAAAUCCUGGUUCUGCAGGCAAGCCACCCAGGUCGGGCGGUUCUAUGUCAAAAUUUGUCCUUGGAGGUGCUGCUGUUGGUGCUGCCCUUCUAGUUGCUUACCAGACUGGAUAUGUGGAUCAAAUUCUUAGUGGUAAGGAUCAGCAUGAUUCUCAAAAGGAAGCUAAGAUUGGUGAUGAGAAUAUAGAUGCAAAAAGUGUCCAACAUUCUGAGGAUAAAAUAGUUGUUCCUAAUAGCGAGGACUCUGACAAACCGACUUCUGCAACUGAGCAAGCUGAGAAGGUUGAAACUCAUUCAGAUCUUCCUCAUAUUGAAGGUUCAAGUGAAAAACAAGGUGAACCCCAGUCUCAUAUGCAAGAUAAGUUGGACACGACACCUGAAAAAGUUGCCCCGGAUCUCAAAGAGAAAGAUAUUUCAGAUUAUUCUCAGAGCAGACCCUCAUCCACUGAUGAAAUGCCAAAUUCUAGAAUAUCACCUGAAGGAAAUCUUGAUAUAAAGAGCACAGAGGCCAGUGCUAGCACUGGGCCGAGUGAUGAGGUUCAAACUCCACCAUCAUAUACUCAUACCACUACAUCUCAGGAAGAAAAUGAGACAAAAACAAUGCCACAUCCACAUUUUACCACACAAGACAAAGGGGAGGAUGUGUUACGUAAAGGUAUAGAACAGCCAGAUUCUCUUCUCAAGGCAUAUCAUUUAGGGGACAAGACCAAUGAAAGCUUUUUGAGUAGACCAGGGAGUAAUGACCACAAACACGAGGCCUUUAUUAAUGCCAUUGAAGAUUUGAAUGAUGGUUACAUAUCCAAAGAUGGAAAAUUAGUUCUUGAUUUUUUACAAGCUAUUCAUACGGCUGAGAAAAGACAAGCUGAAUUAGAUGCUCAAGUAUAUGCUGAAGAAAAGAGAGCACUGAAGGAGAAGUAUGAAAAGGAUUUGAAGGAUGCUGGGGCAAGGGAACUGAUGCUUGCAGAAGAGGCAGCAAUGCUGGACAAGGAGCUAAAAAGAGAAAGAGCAAAAGCAGCUGCUGCACUCAGAUCUCUGCAAGAAAAACUUGAAGAGAAACUCAAGACAGAACUUGAACAGAAGGAAACUGAAGCUGAAGAAAAGUUGAAAAAGGUGCAAGAAUUAGCAAAAGCAGAACAGACUGCAUUGCUUGCUAAGGAGAAGGCAGCCCAGAUUGAAAAAAUGGCAGAAGCAAAUCUUCAUAUAAAUGCCUUGUGCAUGGCAUUCUAUGCACGAUCUGAAGAGGCUCGUCGGAGUCACUCAGCUCACAAGCUUGCUUUGGGAGCACUUGCAUUGGAAGAUGCACUUUCUAAAGGAUUGCCUAUUCAGACCGAAAUUGAAGCUUUACGCAAUUAUCUUGAAGGCAUUGAUAAAGAUUCAAUUUUGGAUGUAGUCCUAUCAUCCCUUCCACAUGAAACACGGAACAAGGGCACUUAUACUUUACUGCAAUUGAACGAGAAGUUUGAUGACUUGAAAGGAACACUUCGGCACUACAGCCUAAUACCUCCUGGUGGCGGUGGGAUCUUGGCACAUUCUUUAGCACAUAUAGCAUGCUGGUUAAAGGUGAAGGAGGUCGACCAAUCUGGUGAUGGAAUUGAAUCUGUCAUCAAUAAAGUUGAGGGCUACUUGGCUGAAGGAAAAAUCAAAGAAGCAGCAGAUGCUCUUGAAGAAGGUGUUCAAGGCAGCCAAGCUGCAGAAAUAGUUGGGGAUUGGUUGAGGAGUGCAAGGAAUAGAGCUAUAACAGAACAAGCUCUAACACUGCUUCAAUCCUAUGCUACUUCUAUCAGCCUUACUUAAAAAUUCUCGAACUUUGAUCACUCAUUCUCGGCCUAUGUCAUUGUUUAGGGGUAACAUUUUGAGACACUAAAAAUUCAUUGAUUUAGAAAUCAGAGCACACUGAAUUUUUAUUUUAUUUUUUUUUUUGGGUGGUACUCAUCAAUACAAAAAAAUAAUAAUAAUCAACUAUAUUGUAUUACCGGCGGGAUGAAGAAGAUGACUUCUAUUUUUUUAAUGUUUGAAGUCGUUGGAAGUUUUGUAAGAAAUUGUGAAGGUUAGUUAUAUUAUUCUGAAUAAAAAUUUUGUUUCUACUA